AUGUUUUCUAACAAACGAAAAGAAAAAACUACUCUUAGCAAUCAACAAAGAAAAAAUAUUAUUGCAUUUAAAGAAAAACAUCCAAGUAUCAGCCAUAUUGAUCUCGUCACUUGGGUAAAAGAUAAUAUGGGCUUUGAAGUUCAUCCCUCUACUAUCGGGCAUUUAAUAAAAAAUAAGGAUAAUAUUAGAGAUAACUUAAAUACAAAAAGACAAAAAACG